GGGGCGGGGCUUCGGCUCUGCAUUCGGUACCAAGAUGGCAACGUCUAUAACGCUCAGCCUGGACAACUUACCGUCGGAUCCCUUACUGCUGGUGCUGUCAUUUCUGGACUUCAGGGAUCUGAUCAGCUGCAGUUUUGUAAGUCGUCGACUCAGUGAGCUGACAGGACAUAACCCGCUAUGGAAAAGGCUUUGUCAGCAGUACUGGCUCCUUACAGAGUCAGAUAAAGCGCAGAGAGGCAUGACCUGGAAGGAGCUGUUUCGGGAGUAUUACGCUGAUCUGGGCCGUUACAUCGACCACUACAGCACUCUCAAGAAAUCAUGGGAUGACCUGAAGAACUACCUGAUUCAGAAAUGUCCUCAAAUGAUAGCUUCACUGAAAGAGGGAGUAAAGGAGGAGGAGCUAGACACCAUUGAGACUCAGAUUGGCUGUAAACUUCCUAAUGACUACCGUUGUUCCUAUAGGAUACAUAAUGGGCAGAAACUAGUGGUCCCUGGGUUGAUGGGCAGCAUGGCUUUGUCCAAUCACUAUCGCUCAGAGGACCUGUUGGACAUUGAGACAGCAUCAGGGGGAUUUCAGCAGAGAAAAGGCAUGCGACAAUGUCUUCCCCUCACUUUUUGUUUCCACACCGGCCUCAGCCAGUACAUGGCUCUGGAGAGCACAGAGGGACGAUCACGCAGUGAGAUCUUCUAUCAAUGCCCGGAUCAGCUGGCACAAGAUCCAUCUGCUAUUGACAUGUUCAUUAUGGGCUCUAACUUUACUGAGUGGUUUACUUCUUAUGUCGAUAACGUCGUUACAGGAGAAUACCCCAUAAUUCGGGACCAGAUCUUCAGGUAUGUUCAUGACAAGCGUUGUGUGGCAACCACUGGUGAUAUCACCAUAUCCGUCUCUACCUCCUUCCUGCCAGAACUCAGUUCAGUCCAUCCACCACAUUUUUUCUUCACUUAUAGAAUCAGGAUUGAGAUGGCAAAGUCGGCGCUGCAAGAGAAUGCAUGCCAGCUAGACAGUCGGUACUGGAAGAUCACAAAUGCAAAUGGAAAUGUGGAGGAGGUUCGUGGCCCAGGCGUUGUGGGUGAGUUUCCAGUGAUGACACCCGGUAAAGUUCAUGAAUACGCCAGCUGCACCACGUUUUCCACCACCUCUGAGUACAUGGAAGGCCACUACACAUUCCACCGGCUCAAGAACAAAGAGGAAGUGUUUGACGUUUCAAUCCCACGAUUCCACAUGGUGUGCCCUCCAUUUCGUGAGUCUAUGGUGCGGUUGAGCUCAGUCAGUGAGGUGUCUGCUCCUUAUAAUGAUGAGAAUUCGUCAGACACCGAUGACUAUGAGGAGGGAGAAAUGCGUGGCAUGAACAUGGCUGACCCAGGAGGACGCUGCCCUCGGCGCAUCUGAUACACUUUUGUACACCCACCAACAGAUACUAAAGCACAGACACACUCACACAAACAGGAGAGCAAGAGGACAAACAGAGCUUGUAGGCAUCCAUUGUUUAUUGUACAGUGCCUUUGUGCCUGUCACCUCUUGAGCUUUCUCUCCAGUUUGUGAGGGCAUGGGUCUGGUUGCAGUUGUGUGUGUGUGUGUGCCUGUGUUUGAGAUCAUUGUAUGUGUGUUUGAGUCUGCAAGUGUGUUUUGUUAUUGAGUGGAAGCCAAAUAGUUUAUUGAAUGAGUGAAUGUAUGUGACGUCGGUUUUACUUGCCGGAGUUUCACAAUAAUCUGCAACCUACCGAAGAACACACGAUUACAGUAACCCUCAAGAGCACGAGGAGAGAGUAUGACGCUCCUGUUAUGCCGUUGUCCUUUAGAAACAAGCACACACAUGCUGAAUUGUGAAUACUCACUCUGUGUGUCUGUGUCUGUGUGUGUGUGUCUCUGUCUGUAUGUGUAUAUGUGUAUAUAUAUAUAUAUAUGUGUAUGUAUAUAUAUAUAUAUAUAUAUAUAUAUAUAUAUAUAUAUAUAUAUAUAUAGAAAUGAAUAUUGCUAUUUUAGAUUGCAUACUCCACAAGGCCUCAGGUAUUGUGAAGCACGUAUGUGUUUAUGUAUAUUUGUUUGUGCUUGUGUUGUCUGUACAGAGGGUUUCAGGGGUUCAGGGGUAGCUUUUGAUGUGAAACUGAUUCAUUCAAAGAUGAGUAAAAAGCACAUAGACUUUAACCAGCCAUCAGCAUUAGCUACAAAUAAUCUGCCAAAGCAAUCAUGAAACUUUUGUCAGUUACUUGCUGUAGUUGUCUGUGCUGGUUGCUGAUGCAGACUGGUGCAAAUAGCAAGAUAAUUUAAGUUUAUGGCAUUACCAUUAUUUUUCUUACUUUUUCUUUCAAACCAAAUUGGGUGGUGUAAAAUGUAAAGGAUUAGGACAAAAUGUCCUUGUUGUAAUGGGCUCAAUCUUUCAGAAUGGAAUUACUCAUGAGAAAAUCUCACUCAGUUUCUCUUCUUUUUUUGCUCUGUUCCAUUUACCCUUCCUAAUAAUGUCAGUUUGAGCUAAUCUCACCUAAAGGCAUGUUUGAUUUUGAUUUUUAUGUUAAUGACUGCAAUUAUAUUGUAAUCAUCAUCUUUGUAAAAUAAAGCAGUGAAGUGGGGGUUUCAACA